AUUCUCACAAACGACAAAGAAAAGCAAUGUCUCCUAUAUUUUCUUUUGCCAUUAUCAAGGAAAUGAUUCCAACAUUCGUUCAAGCUGGACAUACAUUAAAAACUAUCUGGAUGAAAGAAAUUGGAUUUAACUACGAAUUCAAUUCUACAACUACAGAGACUGAAUUAGCUAAAGCAUACGAUUUCGUAACUAAACGAAAUCUAACGCCUUUAUACCUUUAUCUUUCCAAACUUCUUCCGUUUAUCAGAAAAUUGCCAACGGAUGAUAACAAUAAAUUUUAUGAUGCUAUUAACACUAUCAAUAACAUUUCCGAGAAACUACUUGCUAAUCAAAAAAAUAGUUCUGUUCAAGGAACAGAUUUAUUGUCAUUAUUGGUAAAAGUAAAUUAUCAAUUACCUGUUAAUGAACAAUUAACUCAUAGUGAAUUAGUUAGUUCGGUUAUGACUUUCCUUUCGGCUGGACACGAUACCUCCUCUGUUGUAUUAACUUGGGCAUUAUACUUACUAGCAAAAAAUCCUGAUAUUCAAGAUCGUCUUCGCAAAGAAACACUUGAUAUAUUCCCUGAUC